CCUCCCGCAGGAUGUCUGACGCUGGAGAUGAAAUUCAGGUCGAGGCCCCCGCGGCAGAGGUCGAGGUUUCCACUGAGGCCCCCAAGGGCAAGCUGUCCGUUGAGGAUGCUCUUCAGCAAGUCCUGAAGAACGCCCUCGUCCACGACGGUCUCGCCCGCGGUCUCCGCGAGUGCGCUAAGGCUCUCGACAAGCGUCAGGCUCACCUCUGCGUUCUCGUCGAGACCUGUACAGAAGCCGAGUACAUCAAGCUCAUCGAAGCCCUCUGUGCUGAGCACAAGAUCAACCUCAUCAAGGUCGGUGACGCCAAGGUCCUCGGUACCUGGGCCGGCCUUUGCAAGAUCGACCGCGAGGGCAACCCCCGUAAGGUCGUUGGCUGCUCUUGCGUCGUCGUCAAGGACUACGGUUCCGAGUCUGAGGGCCUGCACGUCCUCCUCGACUACUUCAAGAACCGGUGAUCGUGAGUCUUGUCUCCCUCUAUGUCUGGGUUGUCCCACUGGGAUGACAAAAUAGACUCCCUCUACUGAGACCCACGGUUCUAUGAGGUCAACGUCUAUCCGGAAUCAUUAUAUAUUCGUCUGACACCCUGUGCAACUCAUUUUGCUUGCUGCAUGCUGACCACUUAUCUCUCUUAGAUAUGUACCUGGUUUCUUAGUAGUACUGUGCCACCCUUGUGGAAAUGAAAAUCAUCAAACACAUCACAGGACCGGUGCGAUUUGAGUUUGUAAGGUCUGUCAAGCAAUGUGUCCUUGGCAUUUUUAUAACGCGAAUCCCGGUACGGUGUAAACUCUGGUUGUAUGAUUGACGUGUUGCGUCGGGCCUAGUAGUGCUUCACGAGUCUGAAGGUGAACCAACAAUCGUGGCUCAAUCGACGUUGCCCAAACGUCCCUUUUUCACCGGAAGGCGUCUAUAGACUACUCUUCGACGACUGUAGAACAGUAACAAUCCACUUUUGAGCCGCACAUCUGCAUUCACCGA